CGGAAUUCGCGUUCCCGAUUUAUCGAUCCGGUAGAUCGCGCACCCGCUGACGCGUUCGCCUCGGUCACAAUCGCUGUUCGAACAGCAAUCGUGAGCGUAUCGGGUUUAAAAUUUCAAAAAUCGCCAACAUACGAUUCAAGCGGGACGAUCGUGAUCCUUGGGAUAGCGAUACUCGGAUGUCCGGGUCGAAGGCGAGAUGUCCACAUUUCGCACCGCGACCUGCCGUUCAACGGCGGUCGCGCAACGCGAGUUCGGUCGCCCGUUCGAACGUUACCCGCGCAGACUGUUUACCAAACACUCGAGUUUGGUUAUGUCGCUUCUGUCGUAUGAAUAUCUCGUACGGUAGAUAUUUUCGCGAGUCACUACAAACUUGCGAAUUUUAUGUCGACGUUCCGACGCUCAACGCUUGAAUUUCUCUUCGAGAAAUACAAAGCCUCAUGCUCGCGAGGAGAUGGAAGUGAAUCUGCAGAAGCGUUGCUAUCUAUAAAGAAUGGCGGGUAUCCAGCAGUGGAUGAAAUUAAAACAGAGAUAAUGGAUGAUGAUAUAAUGGACAUGGACGAUCAGCAAAUUUCAAAUCAUUCGAUAGAUCCAUCGGAUCUACAAAUGGAUACAGAGGAGUUAGAACCGAUACCGGAAUUAGGACCAGCUGCUUUAGGUUUACAAAGGGUAGGCACUCAACCGCCUGCUAAACCAAACCCACCGACCCAACCUGUACAAGCAUUAAAUCGCAGAGGGAUGCCAGUAAGAAUCAGAAAAAAGAAUAAAUUAUUUUACGAUGAUGUUUUAAUUAAUCAUCCACACCACAGAGUUAAGAAGGAUCCUUUAAGCAUAGAAGCUAAACAGUCUCCUAGGAAGAUGUUACGAUCACCAAUGAAGAGGCAAGGAAAGAUGAUGAGUGAUCAGAAGAAAGGCACAGGCUCACUUUUGCAACACUCGACAACACCAGUUAAGCAAGAGAAAGACUUCGAUAAGCCACCACAACCUGCAUCACCUGAUCGUAGAAUAGGACAAAAAAUUGGCAUGAGACUGAGAAAUUUAUUAAAGCUGCCAAAGGCACAUAAAUGGGUGUGUUAUGAAUGGUUCUACAGCAAUAUUGACAAAGUGUUAUUCGAGGGUGAUAACGACUUCAUGAUAUGUCUGAAGGAAUCAUUUCCGCAAUUGAAAACUCGCAAGCUUACUCGCGUGGAAUGGUGUAAAAUUCGAAGGAUGAUGGGCAAGCCACGUAGAUGUUCACAAUCGUUCUUUGAGGAGGAGAGACGCGAGCUUGAAAGAAAGAGGCAUAAGAUACGAUUGCUGCAGCAAAGAAAAACAGCAGACAUAAGCAGUUAUAAGGAUUUACCAUCCGAAAUACCGUUACAGUUAGUGAUUGGUACAAAAGUGACGGCAAGAUUGAGAAAACCGCAAGACGGAUUGUUCACUGGGAGCAUCGAUGCCGUCGACACUAGUAAUAAUACAUACAGAAUUACAUUUGAGAGAGCUGGACUUGGAACACACAGUGUGCCUGAUUACGAAGUCUUGUCAAACGAACCACCUGAAACAAUCAGCGUCGCAUCGUUCGCUCAAAAGUUCAGACCACGACCUUUACAAUACGUACCGACAUCGCCGUACUCGAUGAAAUUAUCACCGCGACUUACCAAUGAUCCUUUAAUAUCCAAUGCCUCGGUGUCUCUGCCGAAAAAAUCCCAUACCGGUGGCACUAUGAAUGGUUAUCCGAUGAGAUUACUCGAGUUAAUGGUGAAGGUGAAUAAAAUAUUAGCAGCUAAGAAAACGAAAAUCACGAAGUUGAAGGAAAUGAACGGAGAAGUUGAGAAGAGACAUUCUUUUGGAGAAUUGUUGCCUUCUGAUUUCGAACGAAAAUACGCAGGAAUUGUCGUUGAAUUGGAAAGAAUGAACGGCGCUCUACAAGACUUUCUGAAUGAGAUACAAGAGUUGUGUCAAGAGAUGGCACCCGAGCCCAGCGUAGCGGCGAUGUUAGCACCGUCGCAUCUGCGAGAAAAGUGCAAGCAGGAAGCGGCGGAUAUGGUUGCUCGAAAUAAUAUGAUGAACGACAAAGAGCCGGGAAAGAUGAAUCAGUUGAUAACGGAUUUGACUGCACUUAUGUUACAAGUGAAAAGUUUAUCGGAUUCUAAUCGAAAUGCGUACGAGCUGAAAGUGUUACAAGGUACUAUGGAGCAAAUAAGAGCGAAGCUUAGUCCACAGAAUCAAGAAGUAUUUCAAAAUUGCGUAGAAAUUCAUAUGCAACACAUUCAAUUAGGCCUAGGACAGAUAGGUGCUCUAACGCCGUUUAUGGCACAAAGAACUUGAAAGAGACACCGUCGUACAAAUAUUCUUACGAAAUGUACAGUGUAAUUGAUGAAUAUUACGGGCAAUCACGGCACCAGGAUUUUUUUAUAAAAGAAAACAAGAAAUCAAACUUUAUUUUCUCAUCUCUCGUGUAUAGGCCAUGUUAUAUUAUAUUGUUAUGUAAAUCGCAUGUUCACACGUAUAUAGGAUUUAAGCAAUUAUAUUAGUUUUGUAAAUACAUACGCAAAAAAAAAUUAAGGACGGAAGUCCUUGAUUUUUUUUAAGAAUGUAUUUCCGGACUUGUUCUUUAAUCUCACAGUACACUCACAAGAUACUUAGAGGAACAAUAUGUGUAUUGUUGAAUAUUGCUGAAUAUAUUAAUAUCUUAAAACAUAAAUAUCUAAAUAUAUUAAUGUUUCAGAUUUUUACAUAUUA